AUGGAAGCAUUCAUUCAUCAAAUACGAGGCGUGUUUGUUCUGGAUCAAAACGGAAAACGAUUAUUAUCGAAAUACUACUCGAACGAUCUGAAGAGUAAUUUAAGAAAACAAUUAGAUUUGGAAGAAAAUGUAUCCAACAAGACCAUCAAAAGCAAAACACCUUCCUCCGGAGAGUGUGAUAUAAUAAUGAUUGAUAGCUUUAAUAUUGUGUUUCAAAAUGUUCAGGAUAUUUACUUUUUUGUUGUUGGAGCUGGAUACGAAAAUGAAUUAGUAUUAUCGGAAGUGUUAUCGGGUCUUAUUGAUGGCUUGAUGAUGCUCUUUAGAAAUCAAUUGACAAAGAGAACUUUCCUUGAAAAUUUUGAUUUGAUAGUUUUGGCUUUGGAUGAAGUUUUGGAAGAUGGUAUCAUCAUUGAAACAGACUCAUCGGCAAUUGCUCAAAAGGUUGCUGCUGUUGAAACAGGAGCUGAUGCUUCAAGUGGUGUGGAAGGAAGUGAGACCAUCACGCAAGUCUUUAAAUCAGCAAGAGAGCAACUCGGAGAGUUGGCUAGACGAUACAUCAUCAUCCGAGUACUUAUUGAUAUCGAGGACACAUCAACUACCAUUGUUGAAUCCGAUAUCAAAUUUGAUACCACACCACCUAUAUCACUUCCCGAUACAUCUGUUACACCAAAACAAAGUUUUCUAACGAAUAAGAACACUGUUAAUUUUCUCGCAGGUGGUAUUUCGGGAAGCAUUGCUAGCGUAGUAACUCAGCCUUUGGAUGUAUUGAAAACCCGAUUUCAAAGCUCAGCUAAAAUUUACAAUGAUGCAGCAACGAAACAGAACUUCCUUCUUAAAAUUAUUGAUUCUUUAAAAAUUACAGCAAAAACUGAGGGACUUCAUGGAUUAUUUAGAGGAUUAAUACCAAAUAUUGCUGGUAUUUUUCCUUCAAGAGCAAUUUACUUUGCAACUUAUUCAGGAACUAAGGAUUUGAUGAGCAAAUAUUGUGGACUCUCUUCAGACAGUCCACUUGUUCAUAUUGGAAGCGCCGCAGCAUGUGGUGUUGUCGUACCAGCAGUUAUGAACCCAAUGUUUUUAGUGAAAACUAGGAUCCAAUUAGAUUUAUACAAACCCAAUUCGUCACGUGGCAGUAACACACCGAAUUAUAAUGGAUACAUGGAUUGUAUCAGCAGAAUUUAUCGAGAUGAAGGAGUGAAAGGUUUUUACAAAGGUCUGACAGCUUCGUUCCUUGGAAUAUUUGAAACUGCAAUUUAUUUUGUCUUGUAUGAACAAGUGAAACGAAUGGCCUUAAAAUCAACUAGUAGUUCAGAAGGAGAAACUCCCAAAUUCACUCCACUUACCUACAUUACAGUGAGUGGUGGAUGCAAAUUAGUUGCGAGCGCCAUAACUUAUCCACAUGAGGUUGUGAGAACAAGAAUGAGAGAGAUUGUAGAUGGAAAAUGUAGAUAUGACAAAGGCAUGAUUAAUGCAUUCAAAACAAUAGCGAUAGAAGAAGGAACAAAAGGUCUAUAUUCUGGAAUGGGAGCUCACCUUAUUAGAGUUGUGCCCAACACAGCCAUCAUGUUCCUCUCAUUUGAAUUCAUUACUCACUUUAUGGAAAAACAUUAUGGAACAGGAAAGACCACGCAUUAA